AACUACAUUUCCCGAAAGGCCAUCAGAAGGCAGCCUCCGUUUCGGUCCUUCCCAGCAUUCCUGUUUACUUCCGGGUGUGUGAAUACAGCGGGGAGAACGUGAGCUUCGAUUAAAGAGGGACUGUAUCUGUCGUCGCCCUCCAUCCCCCAGGGUCGGGUCGACUAGACAUCCCGGACAGAGAGACGCUGCGGUACCCCGAAGGCGUGCCUCUUGCCAAGAGGACUGCCGCGUCCUAGGCCGGACCGGAAAGAGGGCUCGGCACCUUGCCGGGGGGAGACCCAGCGCGCUGCUCCCGCCCCCCUCGGGCUUGCCUCCCCACCAUGGCCGAGCUGAUCCAGAAGAAGCUGCAGGGAGAAGUGGAGAAGUACCAACAGCUACAGAAGGACUUGAGUAAAUCCAUGUCAGGGAGACAGAAGCUGGAAGCACAGUUAACAGAAAACAACAUCGUGAAGGAGGAACUGGCCCUACUGGAUGGAUCCAACGUGGUCUUCAAACUUCUGGGCCCCGUGCUGGUUAAGCAGGAGCUGGGGGAGGCGCGGGCCACCGUGGGCAAGAGGCUGGACUACAUCACAGCUGAAAUUAAGCGAUACGAAUCCCAGCUCCGGGACCUGGAGCGGCAGUCGGAGCAGCAGAGGGAAACCCUUGCCCAGCUGCAGCAGGAGUUCCAGCGGGCCCAGGCAGCAAAGGCAGGGGCACCUGGGAAGGCCUGACCUCAUGGGGUGGGGUGGGGGAACUCUAGGGUCUGGACUAUAGUAGCUAAUAAAAUGUGAGAAUGCCUGGCUCC